CAAACCAUUAUAUGACAAGAGAAUUGAGGUCAUUUGUGGAGGCCUCUCCAGUCUGUGUGUUUUGGGGAGAAGCAGUGGUGUGCACUUAGACCAGGUGCUGAUCAUUGCUGCCCUGCCAGCAGAGCACGUGAAUGCUGAACCUAACCAGCAUUAUGAUUUUUUUUGAUGUAGAUUUAAGAAAAGUAUAUCCAGUUUCUCUUUUCUGUUUUCAGAGAAUUCAGAGACUUUGUGUCUGUAACAUUUAUAAAGAAAGAAAAAAAGCCAUGUUGAAGCCUUCCCAUCCUAGAAUUCCCAUCCCAAAUAAUAGAAAUGUACUUAACUUGUGAGCAACCGAACUUGGUCUUAAUGUUACCCAGGAUAGAUGAUACCACUAUUUCUAUCUCUUCUAGGGUCUUCAAAUGAUGCUCACAUUUGUGGCAUUAUUCUUUGAGGUUGUUUUAGUCACAAACAUCUUUACCAUACUGCUUCUCAUAAUUCAUUUUUCAGCUGUCUCUGUACGUUGUUUCGGGAAGAUCCCGUGGAAGAAGCCACAGAUGGCAUGGGAGUGCCUUCCCCAGAGCUGAGCUGCUCUGUAUGCUGUGGGGCUGGAGAGGCACUGGGCGGCUCUCUUAUGGCAAUAGCAUACACCAGGUUCUGUAGUGGACGUUUCUGCUCUUUUGUUGUUAGUGCUACAGUGGUAAUUAAUAGAUAAAAAAAAAAGAGGAAAUUUAACUACUACUUCUGAAAGUGAUUUGAAGGAAAUUUAACGCAGAGCACUAAAAAAAGAAAUCUCAAUGUGUGGAGUAUUUUUCCUUUAUAAUUUUUACCCCAUGUGUUAAAGUACUGAUUUAAUACUUCAUUCUUUGUGACAAAAAUGAUUCAAAGAGCCAUAUUUUUCAGGGCUUUUGAAAUGGAUGUUUCUGAGGGUGUCGGUCAGCGUUUAGGCAAUUAAGGGGAGAAAUACUAUGUGCCAUAAGCUUUCAAGUCCUCUUUUUUUCCCCAGAAAUUGAAAUUUGUGCCACAAUUUGUAAGCGUUGCGAUAAGAAUCACCUCGUGCAUGUGUCAGCUCUGUUUGAAGAAAGGCAACACCCCUCUGCCUAAAGAAAUGGUUCCUCCUGCUUUCAUAAACAGUCAUGUGCAGAGUUCGGCAGGGCCUGAUGCCCCCGGAGCUCGUUCCUUCCCAGCCUGAUUGAAUCGGUCUUCACAGAAGUGCUGUGAAUCUUGUGGCCUCGUUUGAAACAAAAGGGAUUAGGAAAAAACUCCUUUGGUUGUAAGACUUUGGAAAGCGAGGGCAGGCAAUCUCGGCUGUGAAUAUUUUCUGAUUUUUCCAGAAAUCAAGCAGAAGAUUGAGCUGCUGAUGUCAGUUAACUCUGAGAAGUCGUCCUCUUCAGAAAGGCCAGAGCCUCAGCAGAAAGCUCCCUCAGCACCUCCACCCCCGCCGCCACCCCCACCUCCACCCCUGCCGGAGCCAACCCCGCCAGAGCCAGAGGAGGAGAUCCUCGGGUCUGACGAUGAGGAGCAGGAGGAUCCCGCGGAUUAUUGUAAAGGUGGCUAUCAUCCAGUGAAAAUUGGCGAUCUCUUCAAUGGCAGGUAUCAUGUUAUUAGAAAGCUAGGAUGGGGACACUUCUCUACAGUCUGGCUAUGCUGGGAUAUGCAGGGAAAAAGAUUUGUUGCAAUGAAAGUUGUAAAAAGUGCCCAGCACUACACAGAGACAGCCUUGGAUGAAAUAAAGUUACUCAAAUGUGUUCGUGAAAGCGACCCUAAUGAUCCCAACAAAGAUAUGGUUGUACAACUAAUCGAUGACUUCAAAAUUUCUGGAAUGAAUGGAAUACAUGUUUGUAUGGUCUUUGAAGUACUUGGACACCAUCUCUUAAAAUGGAUAAUCAAGUCCAAUUAUCAAGGCCUUCCCAUCCGUUGUGUAAAAAGUAUAAUUCGACAGGUUCUUCAAGGUCUAGAUUAUCUACACAGCAAGUGCAAGAUCAUUCAUACGGAUAUUAAGCCAGAAAACAUUCUGAUGUGCGUGGAUGAUGCCUACGUUCGUAGAAUGGCUGCUGAAGCUACUGAAUGGCAGAAAGCUGGAGCUCCUCCUCCGUCUGGCUCAGCAGUGAGUACAGCUCCACAGCAAAAGCCUGUUGGGAAAAUAUCCAAAAACAAAAAGAAAAAACUGAAGAAAAAACAGAAGAGGCAAGCAGAGCUGUUAGAAAAACGCCUGCAGGAAAUAGAAGAACUAGAGCGAGAAGCUGAAAGGAAAAAAAUAGAAGAAAAUGUAACCUCAGCUGUACCAUCAAAUGAACAAGAAGAUGAGUACCACCCAGAGGUGAAACUAAAAACAGCUGAUCUCGAAGAGGUCGUAGAUGAAGAACCUGGAAAUGAUGAUGGUGAAGCAGAAGAUCAGGAUGAAAAAGAAGACACAGAGAAAGAAAACACUGAAAAAGAUGAUGAUGUUGAGCAGGAACUUGUCAGCAAUGACCCUACAGACCCUAAGUGGAUAGAAUCACCUAAAACAAAUGGCCAUAUUGUGAAUGGCCCAUUUCUAUUGGAACAGCAGAUUGAAGAUGAAGAUGACGAAGAGGAAGAAUGUCCAAAUCCAGAAGAAUAUAAUCUUGAUGAGCCAAAUGCAAAAAGUGAUUACUCUUAUAGCAGCUCUUACGAACAGUUUAAUGGUGAAUUGCCAAAUGGACGUCAUAAAAUUCCUGAGUCACAGUUCUCUGAAUUUUCAGCUUCAGUGUUCUCUGGGGCCCUAGAGUCUGUAGCUUGUGGUUCUGCUGUUUCUGAAGGAUCAACUGUAACAGAAAGAGAGGAAAGCAGCCCAUCUCAUGACAGGAGCAGAACGGUUUCAGCUUCAAGCACUGGGGAUUUGCCAAAAACAAAAACUCGUGCUGCUGACUUACUGGUGAAUCCACUGGACCCAAGAAAUGCAGAUAAAAUUAGAGUUAAAAUCGCUGACCUGGGAAAUGCCUGCUGGGUGCAUAAGCACUUCACAGAAGACAUCCAGACAAGACAAUAUAGAUCCAUAGAGGUUUUAAUAGGAGCAGGUUACAGUACACCUGCUGAUAUCUGGAGUACAGCAUGUAUGGCAUUUGAGCUAGCAACUGGAGAUUAUUUGUUCGAACCGCAUUCUGGUGAAGACUAUUCCAGAGAUGAAGACCACAUAGCAUUGAUCAUUGAACUGCUGGGAAAAAUCCCUCGAAAAUACGCUAUGUUGGGGAAAUAUUCCAAGGAGUUUUUCACCAAAAAAGGAGAACUGCGACACAUUACGAAGUUGAAGCCUUGGAGUCUUUUCGAUGUGCUUGUGGAGAAGUAUGGCUGGCCUCAUGAAGACGCUGCACAGUUUACAGAUUUCCUGAUCCCCAUGCUAGAAAUGGUCCCAGAGAAACGUGCUUCAGCUGGAGAAUGCCUUAGGCAUCCAUGGCUGAAUUCUUAGCAGAAUUUCUCAGCUAUAAAACAAGCCAGCAACCACUUUUCAAUGCAUCGGACCUAAAUGGUGACUGUCACAAAUCCUCUAGCAGGAUCACACGUGAGCUGGCUUCAAUCCUCAGACCUUUAUUUUGCUUGAGGUACUGUUUGACAUUUUGCUUUUUGUGCACUGUGUUCUUGGGGAAGGGUAGUCUUUUUGUCCUCAGCUAGUAGUUUACUCACCCACUUUCUUCAGAAAACACUUAACGUGUCUUUAAGCAUUGUUUCUUGUGUUGUGUGGCAUUCAGAUGUCAGAUUUUUGAACAAAAGAAACUUCCUCCCAUGUGUUUUGGCAAGUUUUGUAACUAUUUAUGAAAAAAACUAUUUUAGCUGAUGCAUAUUAUAUAAUUUACAAGCAUAAGAAAUUUAUGAAGUCAGAAGUGAGUUACGGCAAGGAAUUGUACAAUUUUAUCUUCUGGCAAAGGGACGUCAUUCUUGUAUUAUAGUGUAUGUAAAUGCACCCUGUAAAUGUUUAUUUCCAUUUAAAUACGGGACCGGGGACUCAAUUUCAGAGUAAAGCUACUAAGUUUUAGAGAGCUUUAUAGCAAACCAAUUGCAUGUAGUGGACUUCAAACUGCUUUAAGGAAUUGUGUAAACUUUCUAUUCUGUAGCAGUUCCCGUUCAUUGGAUUUUAAACAAAGUGGCUCUGGUUUACAGGAUUUCAUUCCCCAAAUGGCACUUUAAAGGAAGGCUAGACUUCUUUCUAAUAAAGUAUGCAUUAUCAUUUAGCACUCCCUUUUAGAACUUUUGCCUAUUUUAAUUGCUUUUAAGGAAAGAAAAAAGCAAUUUCCCUUACAAUGUGAUAGUGAAGACAUGGUACCAUAUGGUGUUGCCUUUUUCUAAGCACUGUAAGUUGUACUAUACCUUAAGAAACAAAUUAAAGGUCGAGCAUGAGAACCACUCUGUGUAGAAUUACUGAUCUUUUAUAAUAAAAGCGUGUGCUUGAGUCAGCAAAGGGAGGACAGCUGCAAAUAUUUACAGUGCAGUGAGUAAAAUGCAAGAAGUGAGAUCAUGCUCAUCCCAUUCAUAGCUUUACAUGUUUCUAAAACAAAUUGCACUAGCUUUAUUUUUCCCCAUAACUAGACAUGCAGUUCUUCUUUGUACGUUGCACGCAAAACUACGCUUUCCUAGGAAAAAAGCUACAUAGACUGAGGCUUAUAGGCAAUACAGAUUUUAGAAUGUACGAUAUGGAGGUGUGUUUUGGCCUCUUUUAGAAGUCAGUGGGAUGAAUGUAAGCUUAGUUCUGAUUUUCAUGUAACUAUGGUGCCACUUUUUACUGAUUUUGUCCAUAUGAAAUUUAUUCACAUGCCUUUGCAAUAACUAGAUUGUGAGAAAAUAGCCCCAUGCUGUAACAAUAACCAGUUGUUUGAGGUGCUUGCAGUUGUCUAAUUAAAGUGUUUUGUUUUUUCAGACA